AUGGCUGACCGUAUGAUGGAGGUUGAUUGUUUGUCAUUUCCCACGAUUGCUCAGGUGUCCCAGCCUCUCAACGUGUCCACCUCUGACCUGGCUGAACUAAAGACACAGACUGCCCAGCUGUCAGCGACUGUUGCCGCUUUGCAGCUGCGCCGAUCUCCCGGUCCUUCUCAACGUUCCUUCAGCCGUGACCGUCGUCGUUCCCGCUCUCGCCCCAGGACCGCCAACCUAUGUUGGUAUCAUGUCAGCUAUGGCGACAAGGCACAGCGCUGUGUCCCACCCUGCUCCUUCAAGUCCACGCAGGGAAACUCCUUGGCCGGAGAGUAAAUGCGGCCGAGCUCUCUGGCAACUCUACGGGUCGCACAUUUUACGCGAGUGAUAACACGAGCGGCAAGCAUUUUUUAGUCGACACUGGCGCUCAAAUUAGUGUUAUCCCUCCCACGCCAGCCGACCGACGUUGCCCAAACCAUGGUCUUUACCUUCAAGCCGUAAACUCAUCCCCCUUUACAACCUUUGGAUUUCGAUUCCUCUCUCUGGAUAUUGGCCUCCGGCGAUUAUUCCCCUGGAUAUGUGUGGUUGCUGAUGUUCCCACCGCUAUCCUUGGUGUUGAUUUUUUGGCCGCCUUUGAUCUUCUGGUGGAUUGCAGACAACUUCGCCUCCAUGAUCGCGCAAAUAUCCUCACCGUCAAAGGAUCUCCUCCAUCCUCAGCUUCUAACCAGCUCUCCGUCUUUGACCCAAACCCUGACUGUCCAUUUCGUAGACUCCACUUGAGGUGGACGGGCGAUGGCGGAGUCGGAGUGGGUGGAGGGACGGUUGAGGACGCCUCUGAAAUGUUCGACCAGUCGCUGUAGAAUUUGUGUCCUUUCAGUGAGUAGGGUACUGCCGUCGGCGGUGAGAAGAGAGGCAAUUCCUUUGGCUGCAACACCGUGAACAGCCGUGAUCACGACGAUGAAGUUCUUCCAUUCGUUGAGGUCCGCGUACCCUUGGAUCUCCCUGGUCUUGCGAGCCGUCCAGGCGUCCUGUAUCUCCCACAGCCGCUGUUGUGUAAGGCGACGACUAUGGUAGAAAGCUGCUUUGUUGUCGUCAGAAGGGUGAUUGGAGUAGGCUUUGUGCAGUCGGUUAUUCUCGGCGAGUAGGUUGCUGAUGGCGGCAUCAUUGCCGUCGAACCAGUCCUGAUGUUGGCGAAGUGCGCGACCAGGAACAGUCAGGACGGUCGACUGGACCGUGUCCCUCAGUUGACACCAUCAGUUUUACACGGAGGCAUUCUCGUCUGCGGCGGUAGCGACUGGAACGCAGGCUAGACGUUGAGCUAGCUCAUUGUUGAAGUAGAGAUGGUGUGCGGGCAAAGACAACAAGGCAAUAUUCAACCUACCUGGGAGUCUCCAGCGAGGCCGUAGGCGAAUCCUCAUCUGGGAUAUGACGCGCGAUGGUCGGUUCAUCCAUCGGCAUCCGUGAUCACAUUUGUCACCAUAGCCUCUAGCUAAUCUAGCCUCCGGACGGGGACAUUGUCCAGAAGGUGCCAGUGUAACGAUCGAGUUACGAGACACAGUAAACGACGCGUGCUAUCAAAGCGGGAGCGCAGAGGCAGGUUUUCGCAUAUUUUUUUUCGUGAUCGACGAUUCAUUAUGCUGUGUCCUACUGUAGGACGUAUCAGAUCUGCGCUUAGAUUCAGUCGUCGAUCUCGGCACCGCGGACGACGUACGCUCUACCUAUGUAGACACACCCUGCCGCAGGAUUGGAGUAUGUUCGGAAAACUACUUGCCAGUUAUCACAGUAAUCGUUUCAUACUCGUGCCUAUUGACUACUUUAAGCAGUGGUGCAAGGUGAAACCCUUCCAACAGCGUCCAUCGUCAGCAGGUGCAUUAAACGUUAUAGGGCGUCUGCAGUAGCAGACUCCGAUCGAUCACGACGUUCGAGACCCAUUUUCUGACUGAGCUGUGUUCCAUGAGAUACACAAAAUAACGACCACUCCUCAUUAUCCGAUGUUGAUUGGGCCAGUUUUGCGGACGAGACGAACGUUCAGGCGAAGUCUAUAUGACUUUUUCAAUCACGAAUCGUCCUAUGCCCUGAACAAUUAUAAGCUCCAUUGCUUCCUAACAUACCGAGUCGUCGUGCUCAGUUCGAUCGGAUUUUCCUCCGCGUUGUUGCAGCUCUUUCGCGAACUGAGAUUUCCUGCGGAUAUCCACCCACUCCCGUUAAUUCCUGCUGAAGCUAUUUGUAUUGUGGAUUGCUUCGGAGUCGUCAAGGGAAGACUCGUUACAGUUUACGGGCUCGCUUGCCAACAACAGAAAAUUCGUUACGACCGCCGCCGAUCUAGUCGGGAGCACCUUGUUGCCAACCCAUAAUUCUUAUCUAGGCCGCGGGCGGCUGUCUGGUUUGCUCCCAACUUCCAUUGGCUGUAACAACGUCUAUGCGCCAUUGUUCAUCAACCACUCGCCACCACGUUCGCACUCCGCGAUCCACGAAGGAUUUAUCUCGGAUCACCAUAACUAACUCAAGCCAAUUGCCCACCACGACCCACAUCCUGACCUCGAUACCAACUAUUUUUGAAGGAGAGGCAGUGUAAUAUCCAUGAAUAUUGUGCAUAGACUCCUUAGGUACUUCGCCAUAUUUUAUUCGACUUUGAACGCCCUAUCCGACGGGGUCGCGAUGGGGCCAGAUGGACCGAAUGCUUGGAACGACAAGGGGCUGCUUGUUUUACCUGGAGAGAAGGCCGGAAACAGAAUGGGUUGUUGGAAGCUCAACUAUUGUUCCGUCUCUCGUCGUCUUGUGGUUCUUAGAUCCCGCCUGUUAAAAUAUCUCUAUUUGAUCUUUCUCCCAUUUCUAAAUCUUCGUUGGUUUUCAUUUGUGCGUCACUUUUCAGAACCAUGACUUAGUUCUACUUUCAGGUCCCCUAUCACCUAUUUGUGCGUGAUGAUACAGAACGGUUAGAAAGUUGACAAUGUGCUACAGCAGAAUCUCCGCAGAUAAAUCCACUUCACUUCAGUCGUGACUCCAGUACACAGUCAAAAGACCGAUCAUCAUGUAAUGUUUAUGUGAUAUGCUUUGCGAAACAGUGGAUGGGUAAGGACGACACGCACGUGUGCAGACAUGUUGUUUACAUAGUCAGGCGUCCUGAGAAGUCCGCCUUCAUAACGAAAUGCUGGAAUUCAUAUAACCACCGGAUUUGUAAUUUCAAAAGGCUAAACAUCACGGAAAUUAACUGAAGCCCAUGCUGAUUUCCACCAACCGACCUAAAACAUUCACUGUUCAUAGAACUAAAAAAAUGAAAUUAUAGCCGUCUAAGAGAGUUAGGUGCACAAAGACAAUCGGUCAAAAUUUGGAAUGCUUAGUAAAUUAGGGAAAGAUGUCGUUGCAUCCUCUUCUACCAGUUUAGGACAGCUUAAAAAUUUUAAGUUGCUUUUACUGGUCUUCUUAACUUCCAAUCGCGGUUUUUAACCUUAUCUUUGGGAAGUGCGGUAGGCCAGGCUUUAUCUGUGAUGAGAUUUCUUCGGACUAAUCCGCCCCUUCUUGAUUCACCAACUGACGCCUCUUCACCAUUUGUAUCUAGGUCCUGUCUCCAUUGUUUGCGUUACAGUUGAAAAAUGCUGACAUCUUAGUGAUUAUGAAGGCUCGUUUUACUCACACCGAACUCGAGCACCUUGCCGCCUGUAUUUUGAUUAUGAUUUUCCCUGCCCUAGGUGCUUAUGGAAGAUAACAGUAGGUUAAAUUUUAACUUAAUUUAGCAAGAAAACCAAUCACUGGCUCUAAUGGACCUUUGAAUCUCUAUUUGCCAGUUACUGACUCUUUUUGUGAGUGCUGCUUGAGUGAAAUAUUAGGCCUUACCCAGUCGUAGUCGGUGCGCUUAACAUCCAAUUUUAAGUAACCUUUUUCUUUGGACUAUUUCUUGCGUCGGACACACUUAAUCAGAAUAAACUUCACAAAUUUUGCCACUGGAGACUUGUUCUCUCAAUAAAACUGUAACAGGAGUCCUCAAUGCUAAAAACUGAUCUAUCCGUUUGAAAAACGCCGCAUAUUUCUCAGAGGUUGUCGAUUUUCUCAGUUCUCGAUUCUUUCCGUCAAGUCAAAAACAUGCAAGGAUCUUAAAAGUUGUUUUUACACAACUGAGUAUAUUCGAAAUAACGUAAGAAUCUCGGAAAGAAGACGAGUGCUGCAUCGAUAGACUGAAAUUUCAUAUAAUUUCGUAGUGCGGAUAAAUCUGGUUGCGUCCUAGGUUUACAAAUGCGAGUUAAGAGUGUAAGUUAAAAGCACUUUAAAGCAGCGCUCUGAUUAAAAAAUUAAAAGGGUCUGAGGUUGGUUUUGCCUGAAAAUUAUAUUAUGACAACAGGAGGUAUUUACAAAAACAUUUAUGACAAAUCUCAUAGAGUUAACUACCUGAUUAAAUUUCAUUCUCCAGGUAACCAAGCUCGACUGCUGGAGUUUACUCUUCCUCUGCCUCUUAUCAGUCAUCUGUCAUAUUUCCCUUUAAAUAACGAAUUUCAGGCAGCAGACCUUAAUCUUUUUGCCAUUUUAUGCAUUUUCAGUCCGCUUUGAAGCCCCGUAUUUUGCAUAUGAAACGGCUGGAAGAUUCUCCUGUUAUUAUUUCAGCCGUUUUAAGAAACACCCAUUUCAGAAAUGAAGUAUUGAAGUUGCAAGCUACAUUAUAAGAAGGCUUUCGAGGUCCUGAUAAUUCCAGACCGCGCACCAUACAAUAAAACGCCGGUCAGAUGCGCUGGAAUGCUACUUGUCAUAGUUGGAAACACUUUGUCCAGCAAACUGGAAGCGUGUCCGUUCAAAAGCGUCAUAAUAAUCCGGCAAAUAGUUCUGCAUGCCUGUGAGAGCGAUUGCUUGAUGAGGAGCUGAUGGGCCCUCAUCAGCAGACGAGGGCAAUUUUUUCUUUUAUCAGAUCUACGCAGGAGGUCUUCCGGCCUGGCCCCCCUUUUCCCUUCAUCGGCCCCAUCCUCGGGUAAUCUGCCUUUCCCCCAAAGCCUACAUCUGAGGCUGGAAAUAAACAUAUAAGGAGGAGAAAUUAGUUAUCGGAAUGCGCGUAUGUAAAUAGUAGGGCUGCCUGUAAGCGUUAAUAUCUUUGUGGGAGUCAUAACCUUCAGGUCGAGAAAAGCGCACAGUGGCAAAAAAUUAGUUCCAUGCAACUAUCUCCCCGCUCAGAAGUGGUGAUAGUCUUAUUAUUAAGCAAAGAGGUUCCUCCUCCCUCCCACCAUUCUUGGGGUACGCUCGUAGAGGCUAGACUGGGAUUAGGUACUUUUUAACGCGGCCCACCCUCUGAGUGGUGUCCCUCAUGUCUACUUGAAACGUCAUUUUUGCAGUUGAGAAUCCAACCUUUUGAAGAUGCCCCUUUAUCAGGGAAGGGUUGUAAAAGGGGCAACUAGGAAAAAAGUGGACGGGACUUCGCGAAAAAGGGCUGCCUUUUAUUUUGUUGAGUUACAUAUGUAGGAAAUCAGAACCACAGGGUCAGAAUUAUCACCUGGGAGACUUAUUUUUCUCCUCGAGCGAGAAGCAUCGUUUUGACAAAAUUCCUACAUUUGCACAAGAGAUUCCCUGCCAGCUCCAGCCUCGGCUGGCCGCGCCUCGCCGUUGUGGCCAGAGGAGGCUAUGACGAGGCCAGACCUGGCUGUCUGGCGUAUCAAUCGACAUGACGAGAGAGAGAGAGAAAGAGGGGGGAAUUCGCUUUAUUUUUAAAUUACACAUUCAAAAUUUUCAGCCACGCCUGAUCACAUCGUCCGAAAAAAUGUGCUAAGUGGUUCUCUAUUCCUUUUCGAUCUCGCCAAUUAUAGUCUCAGGUUCUUAAACUAUCGGCCGUCGCAGUAUCCUUAAAUGUGUCACCGAGUCCUCCAUGCCUCGGCGAAAGCAAACCAACGAUAAUCGGCACAUGUAAGUACGCAAUCGGACAACCGACAGUUCGACCGUAGAUUCUGACGAUGUCCACCGUGUGCUACACAACAAGGUGCAGCAGGCACGGUGGCAUGAACGUGAAUUAGUCUAUAGUGAGUGAGUGAGCUCGCAAAUCACAACUUCGCCCAGUAAGCAACGCCGCCGCACAACUGCUUCCAACGUGUCCUCGAUGUCAACGGACAUUUCGGGCUCGAAUCGGACUUGUUGGACAUCUUCGGAUUAACUGCGCCUCUCGAACGGCACCAACCAUCGUCCCCCCGCCUGCCUCUUCCUCCUCCUCCUCUCCGCCGCCAACUAACCCUGACAAUUAUUCUGACCCACCACUUCCAUCAUCCUCCUCCUCCUCCUCCUCCUCCUCCUCCUCGCCCACUGCUUCAACGGCGGCCGCUCAGGCGACUGUCCCGCGCACAGCAACCGACACUACCACCACCUCCCCCGACUCCAGGGAUGAGGAUCACGACUACACCUGCCCUCACUGCGACCGUACCUUCACCUCACACAUCGGCCUGGUCGGUCACUUGCGAAUCCAUCGCACAGAGCCUGGCGAACCAGUGCGUGGGGCACCAACCUACACCCACCGCACUCGCCUCCACUGCCCUCGCACCUUCAGGCAUCGCAUGGGUCUAUUCGGCCACAUGCGCAUCCACGAGAGCGGCCUUGACCGCACUCCCGACACACCCACCACAUCCACCGUUCACACCCCCACCCUCGCUCCAUCCGUCUGCGCCACCACCACCGCCUCCUCUGUAGCUGACACUGACACCGCCGACUUUUCAUGCCCACAUUGUCCACGCACAUUCACCUCACACAUCGGCCUGGUCGGUCACUUGCGAAUCCAUCGCACAGAGACUGGCGAACCAGUGCCUGGAGCACCCACCUAUACCCACCAAGCUCGUCUCAACUGCCCACACUGCCCUCGCACUUUCAGGCAUCGCAUGGGCCUAUUCGGCCACAUGCGCAUCCACGACGACCUGCGGUAG